AUGUCAACAAAAAGUCCAACGAAAAUUGUUUGCGAGAAUAGUAACGAGGUGAUGAAAAAAGAGAAAGAAAUACCGAAAGUGUUGAUUGAUACGUGGAUUUCGAUUGCGGCAAGGAUUUUUGAGUGAGUUUGAGGAAGCGGAAUGGGAGGGAAGAGGCAUACAUCAGUAUCCCCGGAUUUUCGUCCGGAGGGGGUCUGGCUAACUUUGGAAAAAAGGGGUGGGGACCGGCUAACUUUUUGAAAAAAUACCAAUUUACCCCCCAAAAACCAAGUUUUUUCUCUUUUUUUUUUGAGGGGUCUGGCUAAUUUUUGUAUUUUCACAUUCCGGGGGUGGCUAAUUUUGAGACCCUGACCGGGAGAAACCGAUGUAUGGGGAGAGAAUUUAGAUCUUGGGAUCUCUACUCACAGCUCUACAUUGUGUCUCUCUUCCCAGCUAAAGUUACCUCUCUGAAUUCCGAAAUUUUCGAAACCCUCAAAUUUGGGGCCCUAAAUCCAGACCACCUAAUCUGAACUAACAAAUAUGAACUUCAAGAUCCGGUCAGAACCUAAUCAAAACUAUUUUCAGUCGAAUGUGUGAAAAAGUCGAUUCACCAUUCUUCGUCAGUUUUCCACAAAUCAUAUCAAAUCUCGCAUUUUUGAUAUCAACUUGUGAAGCAGAAAAUACAAUCGGAUUGCGAAAAGAGUUCAAUGCGAUAACUGGUCAAAAUAUUUCGAAUAUUCAAACGAGAGAACUAAUUGAUACCACACUCGAUUUUGUGAGAAGUUGGAAUACGGAACUAUUUAAUGUGUCAAAACCUGGAUAUCAUAAAGCGGCGAAAAGAGUGAUUUGUCAUCCAAAACAUGCAAAAAGUUAUACGUUCAAUACUUUCAAAACUUUGAGAAGAUUUGAAGUCGAAUUGAAGAUUUUUGAAGGUUAGUUAUGACGUAGGAAAACAUCAGACUCUUGGAAGGACUAGAAUGUCUACUGUCUCUUCGGAAUUCCACGUCAAAUACAUGUUUCCAGGCUCUCAAGAGAUUUGUAAUUGGCUUGACAAACAUUUGAAAUUCGAAGAACCUACUGGAAAUCGUGUUCUCACACUUUGGUCAAACGAAGAUGUCAUCGAAAAUCAAGCGGUUGUCAAGAAAUCCAGCAAGAAAUUGCUGAAAAUGCAAAGUAAUUCUAUUUUAAAAAUUUUCCAUCCUUUCCUUUUCCGCAUUGCUCUUACUAUAUUUUCAGAUGAGCAAGGAAUGCAAUUUCUCGAAAAUUCGGCACAUAAUCGACAAGAAUUGAAAGCGGAGAAGAAAACACCGAUUUUGGUAUGGGCCGCCCAUUUGAUGAUUGCGAUUCAUCCAGAAGUUAUGGAUUCAAGUGCGAUCUAUAAGAUCAAUCGACGUGAAUAUUUGAAAUUGCAAGAAACGAGAACGAGAAGAAUUAAAUUGGUGCAUGUCGUGCAACCGGAAAAUGGUGGGUUUUUGGGGCGAUCAUAGUAGCCUUUUGAACAGAAAAAUGAAGAGAAAAGAAAGAAAAAAUGAGGGAACUUGAUUUUUUCUUUGGAAAAUAAUAAAAAUCGAUUUUUUGUUGGUUUUCUAGGCGACAAAACCACGAAAAACACAAAAAACCAGAAAAAUUCGAAAAAAAAAACAAGAGGGACUAGAAUUUCCAUGAUGCGAAACCUAGUCCCUCUAUUUUUUUUCAUUUUUACACGCCUGUUUUUUUGCGACGGUGAAAAAUUUCACUACGGUACGCAAUUGGUGCAUUUGUGCGUCGCGGUGUUUACACACUAGAUAGUGAUUUCAGAGCAUUUUCAGCAUGUUAGAGGCAUUUUCAGAAAACGCUGAAUAUACCAUUUGGUUCGUCUCGUCGACACUUCGUUUCAACCCUGUGUUGAGACGAACAAAUAGAGAAACCGCAGCGCAGACAAAAAAGAACCCGGUAAAUAUGAAUCGUUUAAAGGAACAUGGACCAUCGCUUCAGGACCCAUCAGUUGGCUGGUUGCCAGCCUUAUAAAAUUUCGCGGUUUCUUUCGCACUCUGCAUGCUCUCUCUGUCUCUAUUUGUUCGCCCUGAAACGAAGUGUCGAGAUGAGCCAGGAAAACUAUUUAUUUUUUUUUCUUGUUUUUGAAACGCAUUCUCAAAAAAGUUAUGGGCUAAAAAUCAAAUUCUGAGCAAAUCAAAGGCGCACACAUCUUUCGAAAGAGUGAGGUCUCGCAGCGAUUCCAGUUUUUCACGUUUUUCUACGUGAAAACGCCAUUAUUAAGGCUUCUACUAUACUUAUUCGAAGAGAAGAGAUGAAAUUACGUAUGUAUGAAUGUUUUGAAAUUUUUCUGGGGCCCCCAAGAUAUAAAACGCGGCGCCGCCAAAUGGAGACCUAUUUUUUUGACGUCCUAUUACUGUACCGACGAAUUUUGUUCAGGCAAAACAGGCGUGUUUUCCCGCGCGCGAACGCCGGCGAAAAAAAAUAGGUUUUUUUGUGUUUUUCGUGGUAAUAUUGUCACCUAGAAAACCAACAAAAAAUUCGAUUUGUUAUUUUUCAAAGAAAAACUCAACUUCCCUCAUUUUUUUCUUAAAUUUCUCCUCAUUUUUUUUUCUGUUCAAAAAGCUAUGACAUGUCAUUAUCCGUUAGAAGCUUUUUUCACUCUUUCCUCAUAAUUAGCACCCAUUAAAACUAAUAUUUUCAGCUUCUUUUUUUUUUACAUAAAACGUCAUCUUUUUCUUAAAUAUAAUUUUCAGACUGGAACACUUUGAUCAUACCGACAGCUCAAAAAUCGCUUCAAAUUGCCAUUUUUUAUAAUGAUGAUCGAAAUUCGAAAAAUCGACCGAAUUUGGAGAAAAUUCGAGAAAUUAUGAAAAAAUUGGACGAAAACAAACAAUUUUGUCUUUUCACCACGAAAAAACGACAAGAAAACGGGCGAAUUCGAGAUAUUUAUUUGCCAUAUUGGAAUUCAUCGCAUUUUCGAGGAAUGAAUUUGGCUGAACAUUUUUUGGUAAGAAACUUUUUGGAAAUUGAAGAAAACAUAUAUCUGGGGGAUUUUUGGCGGCUUUUCUAAGAGAUUUUAUGAAAAAUUGCCGGUGGUUUUGAAAUAUUACGGUGAACUUUUUGCCUAGGAACGCGAUUUAUGUCUGGAAUAAAAAAUUUAGAGGAAUAUGACGUUGAAAACUACGAAACUUUGGUUUUGUAGGUCAUAAAAAUAUGGGAUAUAAUUUCGAAAAAAAAACUCGCUUCAAAACUUAUAGUUAAAGUCAAAUAUCUAUAUUUCCCCCAAUUUUGUAGGCUUGUCUCGAAAUGAAUUCAAUAUUUUACGCUGGCGGAUUUGGUGAUCUCGCAGCUCCAGAUGCAGAACCAUCAGCUUCAUCUUUUCCAAAUCGUGUUCAUCAUAUUCAACAUCAUUCAGUUGUCACAAUUGUCAAUGCUCCACCACAUACAGCUCUCAAGUUAGUUUCUACUGAAACUUUCGAAAUUUGUUGAUUCAGAUGAGAACACUAGUCUGAUCCAAAUUUUUCUCAAAUUUUCAAUAUUUCAGAAUUGAUCCGACACCGUCUGCAUCACCGAAAUCUCGUCAAACUCGUCGACUUUUGCACCGAAGUUUAUCGCGUUCGAAAUCAUCGCAAAAAUCCGAACAAACUACGAAAUCAGUGGCGAAUUCGUCGAUUUCUGUGACAUCUGCGACUGCUACGAGUCUCAAAAGUGCAGUUGAAAUGCAAUGUGAGUUUUUUUUUGAAGAUUUUGGCGGCCAAAAUCUUUUUCUCUCAAGUUAGUUUCCACUGAAAAUUUUGAAAUAAUUUUUUUUUUGGGAUUCCUGAGGUUCAGAAAUAUGUAUGAAUUCAAUUCUGUUUCAAAAUUAAGAGAGUUUUGAAUUUUUGAUUGUUGUCGAGUUUCCCAAGAAGGCUUUUAUUUCUGAUUUUCUAGGGGCAUCAAAAAUCCCAUAUUUCUAAUUGUAGACGACGAAAUCAUCACGGAACCAUUCAUUUUAAUUGUUUGGGACAAAACCAAAGAACAACCAGUAUUUAUUGGAAAAAUGACUGAAAAUCGAGAAAAUGUAUCGGAUUCAGCAAAAAAGACGAAAUUUGAACAACGCGAUUGGUGUAGUAUUUGUUAG